AUGGCAACCACCUUUGUCAGUUCAUCGGGCAUCCCGAUUCCGAGUCCAACCUUGACGUUGCCGCCAGGCUUGUCAGCGAGAACAGUGCUGCAACAGUGGGCCUCUUAUUCGCCAGCCUUGUGGAAAAUGAACGCUUGGUCCUACAACCAUCCAAACGGCGAUAAAUCGGAGUAUACGCCAGAAAAUCCGUGCCAUUUUCACUUGCAAUGGGGUGCCCGACAGGAGGAACACACAGACAUGAUCACCGCGAUUCUGACUGUGAUUGACGAUGCAUAUGUUGAAGCAGCGUGGAAAGCAUGGAAAGUAGAACAGAUUGAGCAACAAGAACAGCAAGUGUUGGUUCAUCUCGGGUCCUCUUCGUCUAGAAGUACAUCCAAUUUCGGAUUGUUGUCACCUGGAGCUUCCCCGAUCGGAGGUGGUUUGCGUGCUUUUCAGUCUGGGAACACUGGCAAUAGUACGAAUGCUCCAUUAAAAUCUAUUAUGGGAAGAACGGCAUCAAGUCCUUCAUCUGGAGAUGCACAAGGAGGUCUCGGCGUAGCUGGUGUAGGUGGGGAAGAACGAAUUGCUGGAGCAGAAGUCGCUUCAGGCAGUACAACACGCAGUGGGCGUGGUCGCAGUCGAAGCCCGUCGUUUUUGCCUUCCUCGAGAAGCAAAAAACCUAGUUCAACGAAAACCCUAGCUUCAACUUUCCACCAAGAAGGGUCUGCAGGAGCAGAGGCGAGCUUUUUCACGUUCGGAGAAAAGCGUCUACAGCCGCUUCCUGAACAAGGUGUAGAUGCUGGCGAAGCCUCAGCAGUGAUAGCGGAAGAGGAACCUGCAGAACCCGUUUUGCGGUCCUCGAGAACGGGUGUCCGGCAACUGGCGCUUUCUCCAUCUACAUCACCCUCUCCGCCUCCAGGGGAGUCAACGGAAAUGGGCCAUCGAUCAAGUGCUUUGAGACUGAGCCCACUGGGAGCGUCAAGUGCUGGAGGUUACUCGCCUAUGCCGGAGGAAGAGGACGGGGAGGGAGAUGAAACUGGAAAAAACAACAACAAUACAACGGGUGCUAGUACGAGGGUAAUGAAUAGUACAACAGCAGUUGAUGUUGAAGAGAGCAACAAGAAUAUAGAAGUAGUGUCACUACUUCCCAUUAUUUCCUCAGAGAGGAGUAUGUCUGCACGAGCAAACAGAUUUUCAAGUGAGGUACUAGUAGAAGUAGACGAACCAGCAGCACCACCACCCACUACCAGCCAAAGUGCUGGAGUGGUGCUUGUCGUGGAGAAUGCAGAUGGGAAAAAUGUUGUCUCUUCUAGUGCAGGUCCCAGGCCGCUUGGAUCUUCUGGGGAACCAUCUCCUCUACCAAGUGCAGUUGGCAGUGAUGAGG